AUGCAAAAGUCAAAGCAAGGGAAGUCUGUAAAACCUUUUGAUGGCAGUGAAGUGAAUCCUGUAUUGGGAAGCGAGGAGCACUGGAGUUCGCUUUAUAUACUGCUGGCUUCGUUUUCGUUCCGAGUUUUGCUGGUUUUCUAUGGGCUUAUCCACGAUUAUUUUUUUAAGGUGCGCUUUACAGACGUCGAUUACAAAGUUUUCUCUGAUGCUGCACGGUACGUAUAUGACGGAAGCUCCCCGUUUUUACGUCCGACGUUUCGUUAUUCUCCACUUUUAGCGUGGAUUUUAGUUCCCAACGUUUUCUGGCCUGAAUACGGCAAGUUACUGUUUUGCUCUUUGGAUAUUCUUGUUGCUUGGCUAUAUAUCUGCUUGUCGCCAAAACACGAUUCAGGAGGUCUUAAACGCAUUCAUGACUGCGUAUUAUGGUUUUGGCUACUGAAUCCGGUGACUGCGGUCAUUUCUGCGAGAGGAAAUGCAGACGUUUUAGUGUGCACUGUUGUCAUUGCUACUUUAUACUUUAUCUUGAAGGAGAAGUUAACCAUUGCUGCCAUAUUACAUGGACUAGCGAUCCACCUUAAGUUGUACCCGGUUAUAUAUCUUCCAUCAGUUAUCUUCUUCUCUGCUAUUACCGCUUUAUGCUACUGGUUAUACGGAGAUAUUUAUUACGAGGAGGCGUUUUUGUAUCAUCUGAAACGAAGUGACACAAGACACAACUUUUCUCCGUAUUUUUACUUGUUGUACUUGUGUAGUGAAGAAGUAGGAUUGUCUCGGCUUGUCAGUAUUGGGGCUUUUCUGCCGCAAAUAGCAUUGGUCAUUUAUUUUUCUAUCAGAUAUUAUAAAAGUCUUCCACUAUGUUGGUUAUUAACAACAUUAUCAUUCGUCGCUUUUAACAAGUUAAGCAAGCAACAAGCAAUUGUUCUUACAGUUAUAUGGUUUCUCGGUCAGGCUCUGUGGUUAUUACCAGCAUAUCUGUUUGAAUUUAGAGGUUACAAUACUUUUCUCUACAUAUGGCUGGCGUCUCUAGUGCCGAUGGUGUUCUUUAUAAUUGGACUGGGUUUGGGUGAUGUAGAAGAUAUUACUCUACGCGGUUUGAAGGCCGUUAAAAGCUGUGAUCGAGUAUACUUGGAGGCAUAUACUAGUGUUCUUUGUUAUGGUGUAAAUCUUAGCGCUUUGGAAGAUUUUUAUGGUAAAAAAGUCAUAACAGCGGACCGAGAGCUUGUUGAGCAAAGAUCUGAUGAGUUGCUAGAGGAAGCUUCUAGCGGGAACGUUUGUUUAUUAGUUGUUGGGGAUCCAUUUGGAGCGACUACACAUGCGGAUUUGAUUUUAAGAGCGAAGAAAAAAAAUGUAGAUGUUACAGUAAUACAUAAUGCUUCGAUCAUGAACGCUGUCGGUUGCUGCGGAUUGCAGCUUUACAAUUUUGGAGAGACAGUUUCAAUAGUCAUGUGGUCUGAUGGUUGGGAACCUGAUUCGUAUUAUGAUAAAAUCAUAACUAACAGGCGGAGGGGUUUGCAUACUUUGUGUUUACUAGAUAUCAAGCUGAAGGAGCAGACAAUCGAGAAUUUAAUGAGGAAUCGUAAGGUUUAUGAGCCGCCUCGCUUUAUGACGUGUUCAGAAGCUGCAAAACAGUUGCUGACCAUUGCGGAAAGAAGAAGAAUGACAGAACCUGACCUCUGUAAGAACUUUUUAUCUACAAACCAAAGCCUGUUAUCAGACACCCAAUGUGUCGGGCUUGCGCGUGUUGGAUGGAAGGACCAAAAAAUCAUUUCUUGCUCGUUAGCCGAGAUGUGUGAGACAGACCUCGGCCCUCCACUCCACAGUUUAGUUAUUCCUGGAAACCUGCAUCCUUUGGAAGCCGAAUUUUUAAAAACAUUUUCUCGUACGUAA